AUAGCGAACUGGAAUCAUGCAAAGUUGAGCUGGAAUACGAACGUCUGAGGCGUGAAAAAUUGGAAGCGCUUCUCGACGAAUCCAGAAGGGAAGUAAACAAACUGAAUGCUGAGCUCAGUGCAUACUCUUUAGAACAAAAACCAACCGAGAUCGGAUCUGCCAAGGAGUUGGAUAAAAGGAAACAGAAAGCGAAGGGCCAAACACGUGUCAAACGUCGCAGUGUUUCCUCUGAGUCCAGUUUUCGCAAUUCCGAUCAGAAUAUCUUGCGAGCCAAACGGGUAAACUAAUAUUCCGAGAGUUCGGGAAAGCCUUUAUUCCACUCUCAGUGGCUCCGUGCACACUAGCUUGGUCUGUAUUUUGCAAAACCCUGAGUUUUCUACCCAGUGAAUUUUUUCAACUAAUU